AUGGCCUACCGCGCGUCGCGAGGAAGGAAGCAAGCCAAGAAGGGCGUCCAGCUCACCAUCAUGGUAGUUGGCGCGUCCGGCACUGGCCGCACGACCUUUGUCAACACUCUUGUUGAGGAGCCGCUCCUCAAGCACCGGUACCAGGAGCUCCUCCGUGACCCCGAGAACCCCCGCUCGGAGAUCGACCCCGUUGUCGCCGAGCAGGUCGCUGCCGAGGCUCACAUUGAGCGCCAGAUCCAGAUCAAGCCCGUCAACUUUGAGCUUGAGGAGGACGGUGUCCGCAUCGCCCUGACCGUCGUCGACACGCCCGGCUUUGGCGAGGGCAUUGACAACGAAAACAACUUCCAGGAGAUUUGCGCCUACCUUGAGCGCCAGUACGAUGACAUUCUCGCCGAGGAGUCGCGUAUCAAGCGUAACCCCCGCUUCCGUGACAACCGUAUUCACGCACUUCUCUACUUUAUCCAGCCCACCGGCCACGCGCUCCGUGAGAUGGACAUUGAGCUCAUGCGCCGCCUCUCGCCUCGCGUCAACGUCCUCCCGGUUAUCGGAAAGGCCGACUCGCUCACGCCCUCGGAGCUCAAGACGUUCAAGAAGCGCAUUAUGGAGGACAUUGAGUACUACAAUAUCCCCGUGUACAACUUCCCGUACGACCCGGAGGAGGACGACGAGGAGACUAUCUCGGACAACCGCGAGCUCCGCGGCCUCCUUCCCUUCGCCAUCGUCGGUGCCGAGGAGGAGAUCAUGAUCGGCGGCGAGGCCGUCCGCGGCCGCCGCUACCCCUGGGGCAUUGUCGAGGUUGAUAACCCGGACCACUCGGACUUUGGCCGCCUCCGCUCGGCGCUCCUUGGCUCGCACCUCACAGACCUCAAGGAGAUCACCCACGACUUCCUCUACGAGAACUACCGUACCGAGAAGCUCUCGCGCUCGGUCGGUGGGGACGCCGCUGCGGACACGGCCCUCCUCCCCGAGGACAUGGCCAACCAGUCUGUCCGCCUCAAGGAGGAGCAGCUCCGCCGCGAGGAGGAGAAGCUCCGCGAGAUCGAACUCAAGGUCCAGCGCGAGAUCCAGAUCAAGCGCCAGGAGCUGCUUGCCAAGGAGGACAGCCUCAAGGUCCUCGAGGCUCGUCUUGCGCAGCAGAACUCUUCCGGAUACGAGUAG